CCCAACUUCGUCCUCUUCUCUCGUCAAUUCCAUCCACCACAUAGCCAUUGGACUCGUUGCUACUGAGGUGGUUACUGCGUGGCCUGAGCUUAAUGGAUGUUCCACAUAGCCGCAGGAGGAGGCUGCAAUUGAGGUCGAGUAUGGAAAGGACCUGAGAGAGAGAGAACCGAAGGGGAGACUAAUCGCAGUGGAGGAGCGGAGUAGAUGAUUUCCCGCAGCGACCGCCACCGCCACCGCCGCAUCUGCCAACUCUACCUCUGCGACUGAUGUCGCUGUUGAGUUGGAGGUUUUGAAGAUUGGUUUCGACAGGGAGGUGGUUCCACCCUUAACACCGCCGACAUAGUGACCAACCACUACCAAAAACCGACCCGCACCGGCCCGACCACGGCUGGCGGUUGCAUGGUCACCACGUUCGUCUACGGAUGUCCUCUCAUCGGCAACCAAGGCUUCCACGACAUGUUCACGUCCCUUUCCCACCACCUCCGCCUCCUCCGGAUCCGGAACUUCCCCGACCCAGUCACCACCUACCCGCCGGAAUUCUUCGGGUUCGUCCACGUCACGAAGGAGCUGGUCAUUUAUAUCAAGUCGCCUUACUUGAAGCCGGGUCCGAACCACCACAGCUUGGAGCUGUACAUGCACGGAGUUGACCGGUACAAUGGUGUCCGGCCGUUUGAGCUGGUGGUGGGCCGGGAUCUGGCGCUGGUGAACAAAGGGGAGGAUCAUCUCAAGGAUGAGUGCAAGGUGCCGGCGAGUUGGUGGAUGGAGAAGAACAAGGGCAUGAGGCAGCUGGGUGAUGGAUCCUGGGCGAUGUCUGACUACAUGCCGCCGCCGCCGCCAGUGAUGACAAGAUCUACCCCAAACUACUAAAGCAAGAAAGAUAAAUUGGGUUCCAUUCUUCAACAUGACAUCAAACGAAUGGGCAAGUGCAUAUUUAUAGGCAAAACCCUCUCUUUCUCCUUCAUGGUUCAGCCCCCUUCUGCCUAUUCCAACCAAAAUAUGUAAGCUUCUCCUACAAGGACACAAUAACCAAAUUCCAAACAAUUACUAGACAACAAUCCAAAUCCUACUAGAACAAUGAAAACAAUUAAGAAGACUAAUAAUAAAAUACUUAAAACAAUAAAGAUACACAAGUCCAGAAAAUGCCCUAAUUAUUACGAUAAAUAGAUUCUCGUAACAAUACUUCUUAAUCCCUCUGUAAUUUGUUAAUUAUUUCACCAAAUAUAGUGAAAUUGUGUCUCUUUCCUGUACAUAGACUAACUAACACAAAUUGUAUUAAUGAACUAUGCAAAUUCAUAUUUUUUUUUUAACUUUUUGCACUAUCGAUUAUCCCAAUCGGUUCUUUAACCAUGAAUUUGUUGUUUUUAUGUAUUAGGGACGAGCACUUCUACUAUGCUAUAUAUUAUUGGUGCUUUAAUGUACAACUUAAAGUUGUACCAUAACAUUAAAUGUAUAAGUUUAUGUUGUACCAUAAAGCAAUUUGUACCAUUAUGUUAUGGUACAACUUUACAACUUGAAGUUGUACUAUCACAUAAAGGUAAAAGUUCAAGUUGUACCAUAAAAGAAUUGUACAAAAAGUAUAGGUACAAUCUGAAGUUGUACCAUAACAUACAUGUACCAUUUUAAGUUAUACCAUAAAGACAAAAACCUAUAGCACCAAUACUAUAUAGCAUUGUAAAAUUUCUCAUUAGGGACGGCUAGUGGAUACGGUUGGCCGGAGAUUGGAGCGUACAUAAACCUGGGGUCGUAUUACAUCGUGGGAAUACCAUGUGGUAUUUUAUUUGCCUUUGUUCUUCACAUUGGUGGAAAGGGUCUGUACCUCGGGAUCUUAUGUGCUUUGGUGGUGCAAGGAAUUCUGCUUGCCAUUAUUACCAUUCGCACCAACUGGGAACAAGAAGUAAGUGUGCCAAUCACAAGUUUUCAUACACGUUUAUAUGUAUGGUAAUUACACCAAAUUACUCAUGGUUUAUUGUUUGCUCUUUUUCCAUAUUUUGUUUACAGGCAAAGAAGGCUAGUGAUAGAGUUCAUGAUACCACGAUGCCGGUAGAGAGAUUGUUGUGAUAAUCUAAUUGAUGAUGGGGUGAUAUUAGAUCUAUGCUUUUAUCGUGACUCGACUUUUUCAUUUUUCGCAAGGUUUUUAUUUAAAGAACGUUCUGAGAAUUUGUUAGAAUUGUAUUGAGAUACAGAGAUAAAAAUUUCUCAUGUAAAUAAGGUAUGUGAGUCGUCAUUCAAAUUGUCUUUUCAUGUAGGGUAUGGACAAUCCGAUUAUUACCUUGAUAAUAGAUAAUUUCAUGAAGAAUACGAAGCAUGUUGGCAACAGUAUACUGAAGUUAUUUGAAAAUAACUCUUUUUACCAUUCUGCUUUUGCCAAAUACCACAUGCCAAAUACCAAAUUUGCAUAGUUAUACUAAACAAGAUACUUUAAUCUAAUUACUACUGAAAUAAUAAUAAAAUACCAAAUAAUAAUUAAUGGUGUCUUUUGAUUGUAAAUGUUGAUAUCACCAUUGCUAUUAGCCAGUGUACUUUACCAAUUACGAUUAAUUACAUAACAAGUUUGCAAGUCAUACAAAUUGAUUCAACAUUUUGACUAGUUUUUUUUUAAAUUAAGUAUUUAUACGAGGUAGAAAGAAAUUGGUUAAAAAUUG